CGUAUUCGAUUUUCUAUUAAUUUUUUCUAAUGCAGGCAGGUUUGACGAUAAUUUUAAGAUAUUGCAACUCUGAUCUCGACUGUCAGACACAACAGUAAAGCAGCAGAAGCACAUGAAGUCAGCAGUGCAGUUGAAAAUCAUGAAGUUUGCAAACGGUACAAAGAAAUAAAAUAAUAGCAAAGAAGGAAGUGAGAAAGCGAAGACAAGAAGAAAGAACGAAAGUAAAAUAUAUUUUGACAAAGUUUUUCACAUUCGCGGAACGAACUACGUCUUAUAAAACAUAUUAAUCUGGUCAAAAUUUGACUAUAAUAAAAUUUUUAAUAAAAAUUGCAAAAUACGCGCAAAUAAUCACUAAAAAGUCAACGUUGUCUGACAAAAGGGCGGAAGGUGAUGAAAAGCGAUCAAAUAAAUCGGAGCCGCAACGUGACCAAAAAGACUGGAAAAUAAGACAUUUAAUAAAAUUAUUUUUCAUACAUUAAAAUUCACAAGUUGUACUGAUAACAAAAGGAGGAAUUAGUGUAGCUUGUUUUAGUGGAAUUAAAUAAGAAACAUCAGGGAAAAGAGAUUAAAUUGCAACUGAAAUAAUUAUGAGUGUUGUGCGACACUUUGUGCUAUUGUCACAAUUGCCGAGACUUGGACCAAAUUAUUACUGGCUAAAAGGAGUCUGUUGCACCAGCGUCGUUAGCCAGGUCAGAAAUUCCAAUGGCACGGUCACCUCAACACGUUGUUUGCACGAUCACACAGAUCGCGGAGAUGUUUUUCGCUCAAUAAGCGUAACAGCCACCGCAGCAUCGUCGGCUGGCAGCGGCAGUACCACCAACGGCAGCACCACAUCGGGCACAGGCGGUUCGAUGGGUGGUGUUGGUGAUGGUGGUGGUGCCUCGACAACUGGUAGCGGUGGUGAGCCACCUAAUGAUAAGAAUAUACUAUCCUGCCCGAAAUGUGGUAAUCCAUGCACCCAGGUGGAGACGUUCGUCAGUUCCACACGUUUUGUUAAAUGCGCCAAGUGUAAUCAUUUUUUUGUUGUACUCUCCGAAGUCGAUACAAAGAAAAAUACGAAAGAGGAACCGAAAAAUUUUCGCAAACCACCGCCACCACCACAGAAGAUUAUGGAAUAUUUAGAUCGUCAUGUGGUCGGGCAGGAUUUCGCGAAAAAAGUACUCUCCGUCGCCGUUUACAAUCACUACAAACGUAUACACCACAACCUGCCGCAAGUGCAAACACAAGCAAACCUACAGACCGCCGAUGCCAUGGGCCGUAAUGAUUUGCUACAUAUAUCCGGCAUUGGACAUACAAUAUCCAAUACGCCAGGCAGUGAAUUGCCACCGAAGGCCAAUAUGUCCGGUGGUGGCAAUGGUGUUGGUGGCGCACAUCAUGCACAUUCGGAGAGUGGUUCAGAAAUAUUGGAUAAACAAAAUUACGAAGUGAAAUUAGAGAAAAGUAAUAUUUUGAUGUUGGGUCCAACAGGUUCGGGUAAAACUUUGAUUGCGCAGACAAUUGCGAGAUGUCUGGAUGUACCGUUUGCGAUCUGCGAUUGCACCACACUCACACAAGCUGGCUAUGUAGGCGAGGAUAUUGAAAGUGUAAUUUCAAAAUUGUUACAAGACGCCAAUUACAAUGUUGAACGUGCUCAAACAGGUAUCGUGUUUUUGGAUGAAGUCGACAAAAUCGGCGCUGUGCCCGGUAUUCAUCAGCUGCGCGACGUGGGCGGUGAAGGAGUCCAACAGGGUAUGCUGAAAAUGCUAGAAGGAACUAUAGUUAAUGUACCCGAGCGUAAUUCACCGCGUAAACUUCGUGGGGAGACUGUACAGGUGGAUACAACGAAUAUUUUGUUUGUGGCGUCUGGUGCCUACACUGGCUUGGACCGUCUGAUUGCAAGACGAGUCAACGAAAAGUAUUUGGGCUUCGGCAUACCCUCAACAAAUUCGUCUGGACGUCGCGCCGCCCAAUCAAGUGCUUCUCCCAUGGACAGUGAUCAGGAGGAACGUGACAAAUGCCUGAAAAAAGUGCAAGCUAGAGAUCUCGUCGAAUUCGGAAUGAUACCUGAAUUCGUUGGUCGUUUCCCUGUUAUCGUGCCCUUCCACAGCCUCGAUGUGAGUAUGUUGGUACGAAUUUUAACCGAGCCUAAAAAUGCCUUAAUACCGCAAUACAAAGCGCUCAUCGGCAUGGAUAAGGUGGAAUUAACAUUUGAACGUGAAGCCAUCGAAUCGAUAGCCGCCAUGGCGAUGGAGCGUCAUACCGGUGCACGUGGCCUGCGUUCAAUUAUGGAACAAUUGCUGCUCGAUCCUAUGUUUUUGGUGCCCGGCUCCGACAUUACCGGUGUACAUAUAACCGCUGAAUAUGUAAAGGGCGAUACCCAGCCAGUGUACGUACGCAAGGAAAAUGGCGAUGAUAGUACCGUGGAUGAGAAUGAUAGUGAGGGUAAAAACUAUGAGGACAGCGAAAGCGCCAAAGUACGCAUCACGCAAUAGAGUGACGCUACACGAAAUGUACUGUUGUUACGCUGCUAAGCCACAUGUUGCAUUCAUUUGGAAUGUGUAAAUGAUUUCUUUGUACAAUGAAAUUAAUUUGUAUGUCAACAUUUCUACGAGACAAUCCCAUCAGAGCGGAAUACCCCGAAUUGUUUGUUAUAUGUUUGCGGUUGCGUUGUGGCGUUGCGUUGUUCCUCCCUUUACUACUACUACUACUACAACUACUUCAACAACAACAGUGACAACAGCUACACGUCUUCUACUACUAGUACUAUUUGUACUCCUACAGAGAAUAUUCUCUGUUAUUGAAAAGCGAAAACAAAA